GGUGCUCAGUGCUGCCUCAGGACGGGCCUACUCAGUGCUGCCUCGGGACGGGCUUGGGUUCUUUUAAGCCACCUUCAUAAGGGGCACAAAGUCCACAUUGGAGCCACCAUGAGAUCAGAGCCCAUCAGGGCAGCAGGGAACACCACGCUGGGGGUCGUCCCGUCCCCUGAGACCUGCCACACAUCCUAUGAGGAGAGCAGAGUGGUCCUGGUGGUGGUGUACAGUGCCGUGUGCAUGCUGGGCCUACCGGCCAACUGCCUGACGGCGUGGCUGACGCUGCUGCAGGUGCUGCAGAGGAACGUGGUGGCCGUCUACCUGUUCUGCCUGUCCCUCUGCGAGCUGCUCUACAUUAGCACGCUGCCACUUUGGAUCAUCUAUAUCCAGAACAAGCACAGCUGGAACCUGGGCCCGCAGGCCUGCAAAGUGACCGCUUACAUCUUCUUCUGCAACAUCUACAUCAGCAUCCUUUUGCUGUGCUGCAUUUCCUGCGACCGCUACAUGGCGGUGGUCUACGCACUGGAGAGCCGAGGCCACCGCCAGCAGAAGACGGCCAUCUUCAUCUCUGCGUGUGUGUUUGUUCUUGUUGGGCUCGUUAACUAUCCAGUGUUUGACAUCACGUUGGAGAAGAACUCCUGCUUCGAGCCCCAGAGGAUGAGCAGCAGGAUAGCCAGCUACCACUACGUGCGUUUCACCUUUGGCUUUGUCGUCCCUCUUGGGAUGAUCACAUUCACCAACCACCAGAUUUUCAAGAGCAUCAAGCUGAGCACGAGCCUGAGCGCGGCCCAGAAGGCGAGGGUGAAGCACUCCACCAUCGCGGUCGUCACCAUCUUCCUGGUCUGCUUCGCCCCCUACCACCUGGUGCUCCUCAUCAAAGCUGCCGGCUUUUCCUACUACCAAGCAGACGGGGCUGCCGUGUGUGACUUUGAAGGCAGACUGUACACAGUCUCUGUGAUGUUUCUGUGUCUGUCCACAGUUAACAGUGUGGCCGACCCCAUCAUCUAUGUGCUAGUUACGGACCAUUCUCGGCAAGAGGUGUCCAGGAUCCACACAGGGUGGAAGAAGUGGUCCACAAAGACAGAUGUUAUAGACUUAAAGGACUCCGAGGAGGCACACUCGCCCACAGCAACCCCCUACACCUUCCCCAAGCCUGUGUACCCUCCAGGGUCACAGCUGGAUGAGCUGGGCUUACAGGGCUCCCCAGAAAGACUGUCUGAGGAAUUCUGCUAAACGCAUUAUACCUCAGUGGAGGAUGCUAAGCCUUGAAACCAGCACCAGCCACGUAUCUGUGGUCCUUUGAGCCACUGUCUAGGGUGUCCGCAGCACUGUAGAUUCCUUUCUGGAAGGCAUACUGCUGAUCUUUCUUCCUAAGGCCACUCAACUCUGUAAAUAUCUAUUCCUCGGAUGUCCAGAACCUCCGGGCUCUCCUGCAUGGGAAGUGGCAGUGUUCUGAGAGCAGCAAUCAUACCUGCAGGCUGCCAGGGACUCAGGGAGCACGUGGCUGGCAGGAGAGCUCGUCAACAGCAGCUUGCUCUGCAGGCCUCCCGACAGCCAUCAGCAGGCUACUUGGCAGAGCCCUGGACAAUGACUUUAUUUUCUAUGUGUCUCCUGCAUUGUCCAGUGGCUACUGUGGUGUAUAUUGGGGCUUUUCCACAGAGGGAGACAUGGCCUGCAUCCAGGGUUACCAUCAUGGUACCUAGAGCUGUGACACAGCCAAAGAGCCAUGGGGCAAUAGGAGUCCAACCCCAGGGUCUCCCAUUGGAGUUGGUUCUACGUUGACAUAAUUGUCUAUUGGAGGAGCCAUGGGGCAUGGUGGCCAUUUACUCUAGGUCCUGGUAGCCCCAUAUAUCCUCCCUAGGGACCCCUCUGCCAUCUACAUUAGAAGUGCUAGUGGGUACCCCAGAAGAGAUUGGCAUAGCUGCUACCGGAUAAGGGGGUGUCUGGCAUCUGGCAUGCCUUUCUUUACCUUGCAGCUUCUGGCCUUGGUGUCACAGGGAAAGUGGGCUGGGGCUCCUGAAAAAGCAAGUUAGGGGCAAGGCUCUCUGCCCCAUUGGAUCGGAGACGGAGACCUCGGGGCUCUGAGUCAAAUCCCAGCUCCUCCAUAAAGAGCCUUAUCUCGGUUCAGUCAGACCCAUGCUUUUGUUGGUUACCUCACCAUGUUACUCGCUGCUGGACUGAGCCCCUCCCCGAGGAGACUCCUGACAUACACGGAGGGCAAGGGCUAGAGACGGUGAGCACAGCAGGCUUUGGGGCCAGCUCCUCUGAAGCCCGCACGUUAUAGAAGCUCCACAGAGACAAAUAAAUGACAUCCACGGUUA